AUGAGAGCUGACAACCAGAGCCUCCUGGGGGAUCCUCCCAGGGACUUCAUCCUCCUGGGUGUUUCUGAGGAAUUCCCUCUCUUUCUGGUCCUCCUGGUGUCCUACAUUCUUGCCAUGUUGGGAAACAUUGCCAUCAUCCUGGUAUCCCGGCUGGACACCCAGCUCCACAGCCCCAUGUACUUCUUCCUCAGCCACCCUUCCUUCCUGAAUCUCUGCUAUACUACCACCACAGUCCCCCAGAUUCUGGUCAACCUGAGAAGCUCCAGGAAGAUCAUCAGCUAUGAGGGCUCUAUGGUGUAGUAUGUGGUUUUCCACUGGCUGGGAUGCACCGAGUGCAUCGUGCUGCCUGCCAUGGUUCUGGACCACUACAUGGCCAUCUGUGAGCCCCUGCACUAUGCCGUCAUUAUGCACCACCCUCUCUGUCAGCAGCUCAUGGCCAUAGCCUGGCUAAGUGGCUUUGGCAACUCCCUGGUUCAGGUAGUCCCGAUGGUGCAGCUGCCUUUCUGUGGGCGGCAGGUGCUAGACAACUUUUUCUGUGAGGUGCCAGCUAUGAUCAAGCUGUCCUGUGCUGACACCACCGUGAAUGACACCACACUGGCUGUGCUGGUGGCCUUCUUUGUGCUGGUCUCGCUGGGGCUCAUCCUGCUCUCCUACGGCUUCAUUGCCUGGGCAGUGCUCCGGAUCCAGUCCUCCAAGGCUUGGCACAAGGCUGUUGGGACCUGCUCCUCCCACCUGGCAGUGGUCUCCCCCUUCUACCUUCCUGCCAUCUACAUGUACCUGCAGCCCCCAGCCAGCUACUCCCAAGAGCAGGGCAAGUCUACCUCCCUCUUUUACUUCAUCACCACCCCAACCCUCAAUCCCUUCAUCUACAUCCUGAGGAACAAGGAUGUGAAGGGAGGUCUAAGAGAACUGCUGGCAAGAUUGUGGUGGCUCUGCAGAAGGUGAAGACCUGGGCCAGGGCCCUUUCCAUGGCCAUAGCCCCAGCAGGUGGGUUAUGUGGUCAGAGAAUCUCUCACUUUAGGAGCCAAUAAGCAAGCAGUGUAAGUUGUUUUAGAGAUUUUAGGAUUUCCUCUAAUUCCCUGUCCAAAACAUCUCUCCUCCUGUGUGGUCACAGCACCUAUGUUCAACCUGUUCCCACAGUAUUUCAUUCUAAGAGGCCACAUAUUUUUAGAAAGUGUUAAAAGAGCAUUGACAUUCAAUAAGUAUUUGUCCAGUUAUUUAAUUCCUAAAUAUCUGAUCCUUUCCCCUUCUUGUAUUGCUAUUUUCCUUCUAUUUUUCUCCCAUUUGCCUCUUUCAAAUCUCUCUUCCUUUCCCAUUACUCCCAACUAAACAUAAUGUGAAACUCAAACUAAUCUUGUAUUACUUAUAAUAAAUUUGUCUCCUUCACUAUAGAUUUAAACCUCCAUAAAUUUUAUGUGACUUUGAAAACAAUUCAAAAAAUGAAGUAGAUUACUUCUUCUUCCAAUGAACUGGGAUGAUGCUUCUUUCUGUAGUUCAAAUUUUGUUCUGUAGGAAGUGUCCCCACCACUAACCAUGACCAAGGACAAGCAUAUUAACCAUUCUCAUAUAAGACUCUGUGUUAGAUUUUACAGGUACAGAUCCAACAACAUAUUCUUUACCUAAAAUUAAGAAUACCUACUAGUUGAGAACACAAAAUACAAACAUAAUCACAUUGAAGGACA